AUGGAACAAUCAAAAACAUGGUUUAACAAUAACUACAAGGGGAUGCGUCUAUCCAAAAUCACCACUACUGUGAGUCUAAACAUUGGCAGUGUGGACAUGGGGAAGGCUCGUCUCAUGUUCUGGAACUUAAAUGGACAAGAAGAGCUACAGUCUUUGUGGAACAAGUACUGUGCAGAGUGCCGUGGCAUCAUCUGUGUCAUUGACUCCACUGAUGAGGAGAGACUGUCAGAAUCCAAAGAGGCAUUUGAGAAGGUGGUUUUGAGUGAUGCACCGGAUGGUAUCCCCAUCCUGGUGUUGGCCAACAAGCAGAAUGUGGAAACUGGCCUCACCAUUCGUGACAUCAAGACUACAUUCAGUGACUGUACCUGCAAGACUGACUAA